AUGAGGGUAUACUUGGAAGAGGAAAAUUUUUCUGUUGUAACUACGGUUCACGAUUUAAUAUCAAAAAUUCAUCCAGAUAUUGCUCAUAUUCAUGAUAAGCCUAUGGAAUGGUUAUGUGCACGUGCUAUACUCACUCCAAAAAAUGACCAAUUGGCGGCUAUCAAUGAUACACUGCUGACGUAUUUUGAAUGGCAAGAAAAACAAUAUACUUCGAUAGAUACGGCGGUGGUCAACAUAGACGAUGCAACUAAUUAUCCGGUUGAAUUUUUAAAUUCAUUGAAACCACCGAGUAUGCCACAUCAUAGGCUUAUUCUGCGUGUGGGCACACCAAUUAUGUUAUUGCGAAAUUUGAAACCACCUAAACUGUGCAAUGGGACCAGGCUUAAAGUCAAAACUUUACAUCGCAAUAUAGUAGAAGCCACAGUUUUAACUGAACGUGCAAAAGGAGAAACUGUGUUUGUACCACGAAUCCCUUUGAUUCCGAAUGAUCUUCUGUUCGAAUUUAAACGAUUCUCAAGUCUCAAGUCCAAACUCUCAAAUUUGCAGGAAUAG